AUGCCGAGUCAUUCUUUGUCAUUUCCCAGUCAGAAAUUGGGAAUUCCGAGUCAAGCAGUAGGAGUCAGAAGGAGACAACAAACCAACUUCUGUCAGAGUCGGCUCCAUCUGGACAAACUGUCCACCGCCCAAAUGGACGAGCGCGAGGAAACGAACCACAUCAUUCGAUCUGCAAAGCCAAGACCACUAGGAAGCUUCCCAACCGCACUGAUACACCGAGGCAUCACGGAGCACAGUCUGCAGCGCCGAGCUCCAAGCUGGAGCAGCUGCGACUCUUUGGCGUUCUUCCCCAAACCUUCACAAACAGGAUCACCUCCUCCCGGGUCGUCACUCGUCCUCCGAGUGUUUGUGUUCGCUCCCGUCUUUGCGUCUCGACCGCCUCCACGAGACACGUUCAGAAAAGCUUCCUCUCCUGUUGCUUUUAACAAUGCUGUGUGUGUGUGUGUAGAGUGUCUAUCGUCUAAAGGAGAGGACAGGCUGUUCCGCCGGCUCUUCCGGAAGUAUAAUCAGUUCAUCCGGCCGGUGGAGAACGUGUCGGACCCGGUGACGGUGGAGUUUGAGGUCUCCAUCUCUCAGCUCGUCAAAGUGGAUGAAGUCAAUCAGAUAAUGGAGACCAACCUGUGGUUACGACAUAUAUGGAACGACUACAAACUGAAAUGGUCUCCGGCAGAAUUUGACGGCAUCGAGUACAUCAGGGUUCCAUCCAAUAAGAUCUGGAGGCCUGACAUUGUGCUCUACAACAAUGCUGUGGGUGACUUCUUGGUGGAAGACAAGACUAAAGCUCUGCUGAAGUACGAUGGCACCAUCACCUGGGUCCCUCCUGCCAUCUUCAAGUCCUCCUGCCCGAUGGACAUCACCUACUUCCCGUUUGACUACCAGAACUGCUCGAUGAAGUUCGGUUCGUGGACGUACGACAAAGCCAAGAUCGACCUGGUGCUGAUUGGCUCCAGGGUCAACGUCAAGGACUUCUGGGAGAGCGGCGAGUGGGAGAUCAUCGAUGCGCCAGGCUACAAGCACGACAUCAAGUACAACUGCUGUGAGGAGAUCUACACGGACAUCACGUACAGCUUCUACAUCCGUCGCCUGCCUCUGUUCUACACUAUCAACCUCAUCAUCCCGUGCCUCCUCAUCUCUUUCUUGACCGUUCUCGUCUUUUAUCUUCCGUCGGAUUGUGGCGAGAAAGUGACGCUCUGCAUUUCCGUCCUCCUCUCCCUCACCGUCUUCCUCCUGGUCAUCACCGAGACCAUCCCUUCCACUUCUCUCGUCAUCCCCCUGAUCGGCGAGUACCUGCUCUUCACCAUGAUCUUCGUCACGCUCUCCAUCGUCAUCACCGUCUUCGUGCUCAACGUGCACUACCGCACUCCCACCACGCACGCCAUGCCUUCCUGGGUGCGAACCGUCUUCCUGCGUGCCCUGCCCAGAGUUAUGCUGAUGAGACGUCCCAUGGACCAGUCGGAAUCCUCCGGAAAAGCCGGUUUGCCCGAGGGAUCGUCUGCGGAUGGGGAAGGGAAGAAAAGGAAGAACAGUUGCAGCAACUGUUUGGAGUUCGGCGAGGGGAAAGCGAGGGAGGGGGAGGUGAAGAAAGGGGCGUGUCCGCGCCAUCCGACGAAAGAGCCCGCCGAAGGGGACUGUGGGAAACCGAGUCGGCAGCUGAGCGCCGUUAACACCGUGGUGGCGUUUUCGGUAGUGUCGCCUGAAAUCAAGCAGGCCAUCGAGAGCGUCAAGUACAUCGCAGAGAACAUGAGGAGCCGCAACAAGGCGAAAGAGGUGGAGGAUGAUUGGAAGUACGUUGCCAUGGUAAUCGACCGAAUCUUCCUGUGGGUGUUCGUGCUGGUGUGUGUUCUCGGAACAAUGGGACUCUUCCUCCAGCCUCUCAUCAGUUUCUUCGCAUGACAGCUGACUGGAUCGCACGUUCCGCUCACUCGGACUCAACCAAUCACCCGAAUCACUGACACGCGAGUUUCUAAAUACAAUCACCGAGAAGAAACGAAGAACAUAUACUCUCGCGUUCUGACCGUUUUACUUACUUAUAUGUUGUAGUACGGCGAAGGUGCCUGGUGGUCUGGGCAACCAAAUCGGAUGUAACAAAAAGCGUGUUUUUUUUUUUGUUGUUUUUUUUUUUAACCAAACUAACGUGGAAAUGUUUCUAUUUACAUUGCUUUCUCUUAUCUCACCACCUGCCUGCAAAGGAGCCGGUUUAACAAACACGGCGGUAAUACGUCUAAAACCGAGCUAGCUAAUUGUGAUUUCUUCACGCCAUGAAUGUCAAGCUGUUGGAAAGCUACACUGUAUGGCCAAAAGUAUUGAGUUCCAUCCAUCCAUCUUCUAUACCGCUUAUCCUACAGGGUCACGCGGAACCUGGAGCCCGUCCCAGUGAACGUCGGGUACACCCGGGACAGGGUGCUAAUCCAUCACAUACGCGUUCACAUCCCAUUCCAAAUCCAUGCAUAUUAAUACGGAGUUGGCCUCCACAUUACAGCCUCCACUCUUCUGUGAAGGCUUUCUACAAGAUUUUGGAGUUGGG